AUGGCUGAGCGUGGACGUGGUGGAUUUGGACGUGACCGCGGUCGUGGCCGCGGCCGCCGUGGACCUCGGAAGGACGAGAAGGAAGAGUGGGUGCCCGUCACCUCGCUCGGUCGCCUCGUCAAGGACGGCAAGAUCAAGUCGAUGGAGGAGAUCUACCUCUUCUCGCUCCCCAUCAAGGAGUACCAGGUUGUGGACCUUCUGCUCCCCAAGCUCACUGACGAGGUGAUGAAGAUCACCCCCGUCCAGAAGCAGACCCGUGCCGGUCAGCGCACCCGCUUCAAGGCCUUUGUUGCCAUCGGUGACUCGGACGGCCACCUCGGUCUCGGUGUCAAGUGCGCCAAGGAGGUUGCUACCGCCAUCCGCGGUGCCAUUGUCAUGGCCAAGCUGUCGGUCAUCCCCGUCCGCCGCGGCUACUGGGGCUCUGCCCUCGGUAAGCCCCACACCGUCCCCUCGAAGGUCUCGGGCAAGACUGCCUCGGUUAUGUGCCGUCUUGUCCCCGCCCCUCGCGGUACCGGUAUCGUCGCCUCGCCCGCGCCCAAGCGCCUGCUCCAGCUCGCUGGUAUCGAGGACGUCUACACGCAGUCCAAGGGUCAGACCGCGACCAUGGGUAACUUCCUGAAGGCCACCUUUGCGGCCGUGUCGAAGACCUACGCGGUGCUCACCCCCAACCUGUGGCCCGAGAACCCGGUUCCGGCCACCCCAUACGUGGAGCAUGCCACGCACCUUUCUCGCGCCGGCAAGAAGCUGCGCUAA